AGGCUGGCCCGUCUGCCCCGGUUACUGUUCCGUCCGCUCCGGCUGCAGCUCCUGGCCCCCCGGCUCUCCGUGUCGAGCCGUCGGCAUCUGCUCCUGCUGGGGAUGUUGCUGGUCCCCCUGUUCCUGUCCCUGGCGCCCCCAUUGCACCGCUCGCUUCUGUCCCCGGCGUGCCUGCUCCAGCUUCUGCUUCGUCACCGCAGGCGGCGUCCGCCACUACUGGCGGCCCGGCUCCGUCGGUUGCGCCCGCAGUGGCGGGUCAGUCCGCGCCCGCUGUGACGCCGAUGGCCCUGGCAGGUCAGCCGUCCCGACCCCCGUCACCCGACCGUCGCCCGUCUCGCCCUCAUUCCCCCGCGCCCCAUCAGGAGCGCAAGUUGUCUCGUCGCCGGCAUGAUUCUCCACGGCGUUACCAGCAGCAGUCGCACUGGCCUGCUCACCCCGGUGGUCAUGGGGACUGGAGGGGUCCCCGCGGGCGCGGCGGUGGUGGGAGGUACCGCCCCCCCGUGACGAUGGCGGAUCUUCAGCGGAAAGUGUCGAGGGCGGUUCGUGAGGAGAGGGCGGCGCAGAGCCAGAGCAAUUCGAUGCGCGCCUCGCCAGCCCUUGAGGCUCCUCGCCAGACUGUGCUCCCCUUGAGUCCGCCGCCUGUCGCUGCACCCCCACCUCAGCGUGAGACUUGCUUGGACACGGCGGACCAGCUCACAGCGCUGCUGGCGCCCGUGCUGGCUGCGCCCGCGAAGGGUGGCGCUGCUGCUGCGGGACAGCUUGACGAGGCUGUCCGGGGCUUGAGGCGGCACUUGCGCGCAGGAUCUGGAGCCGCGGCAAUCGGCGCAAGCACGCUUGUGGUCCGGGAGCUGUGGCGCACCCUAAUGGGCGUUCUUCACGCCCUUGGAGCUCACCGCAUGUAG